AUGUCGGACAUCGAAGACGAGAUGGACAUUGACGCCCCCGCGGCCGACGUCACAUUCACCUCCGAGGUGAACAAGGGCAAGAGGAGCGCAGCCAACCUACCGGACAUCCUAGCCACCAUCAACAAGUUCGUCGAGUCCAACCGGCUCCCUCACCUCCUCCUCUACGGGCCCCCCGGCACGGGGAAGACGUCGACCAUCCUCGCCCUGGCCCGUCGCAUCUACGGGACGUCCAACAUGCGGCAGAUGGUCCUGGAGCUCAACGCCUCGGACGACCGAGGCAUAGACGUGGUGCGAGAGCAGAUCAAGACUUUUGCCAGCACCAGGCAAAUCUUCAACAUGGGUGGCGGCGGCAUCUCCUCCUCUUCUUCCGCUCCGGGAGGCGGGAAUGUGGCGGGAUACAAGCUCAUCAUCCUGGACGAGGCCGACGCCAUGACCAACACGGCACAGAUGGCACUCCGUCGCAUCAUGGAAAAGUACACUGUCAACACGCGGUUCUGCAUCAUCGCGAACUACGCACACAAGCUCAGCCCCGCGCUGCUCAGCCGCUGCACGAGGUUCCGCUUCAGCCCGCUCAAGGAGGCGGACAUACGCGUCCUAGUCGAGAAGGUGGUCGAGGAGGAGUCGGUCAGGAUCGGAGCCGAGGCCGUCGACGCCCUCGUCAAGUUGAGUAAUGGUGAUAUGAGACGGGCUUUGAAUGUUUUGCAGGCUUGUCAUGCUUCCAGUACCCCCCUACGACCGAGAGACGCCCCCAAGAUCCCCGAAAGCGAGAUCGAACGCGAGAUCAUCACGACGGAGUCCAUAUACAACUGCAUCGCUGCGGCCCCGCCCGACGCCAUCAAGGAAAUCAUGUCUGUCCUGCUCAAGACGUCGGACGUGACCAGCUGCCUCACCACCAUAAACGCCCUCAAGGUGUCGAGGGGUCUGGCCCUGGCCGACAUCAUCACCGCCCUGGCCGAGGAGCUAUCCCGCCUAGAGGUCAAGCCCGAGGUCAUGAUAUCGUGGCUUGAUGGGCUGGCAGAGGUCGAGCACCGCGUUGCCGGUGGCGGUAGCGAGGUGGUGCAGACGGGUGCCGUUGUGGGAGUUGUCAGGCGAGGUGUUGAGCUGAUGGGACAAUGA